CAUUUGCGCAACACAUUUACAUAAACUCUUGGCACCUCCGUAUAUAAAUUGCCACAGCUUUGGCUCUAGUAUGGGCAUACACUUUAAUCCAAAUCUGGGACAAGCAGGAAAAAAACGCUUUUGGCAUCGUCUGCAUCAGACUUCAAUCGAUAUAUUUUAAAUAUAUUAAAAUACAAAGCAAUGAAGACGGACAGCAUUGGGCAAAAUAUUCCUUUCAGUGGCAGAAAGCGCAGUUUGAUUGAAGACGCCCGACGGGAGAGAGAAAGCGCAUCGUCCUCACCCGGACCCUCACGGUGCGGGGACAGCUUCGUGUUUGAGGACGAGAAAAACGGCAAAGUUACUCUUAACAUCCUAUUUGCACUCAAAAAUGAAAAAAAUGCAGGGUUUUUUAAAGCGGGAAAAGUCUUUGAGACUUUUGAAGCCAAGUUACUUCAUCUUGAAAGUCGACCGAGCAGGAAGUGUAAGAAAAGCGGUGGAGAUGAUCUGGAGUUCUUCAUGAGCUGUGAACUGCACUGCUCCCAUACCGACAUCUUCAUCAACUCCCUAAAAAGAGUCGCAGAUGAUGUACGAAUAUUGCAAGAGGAAAAGAUUCCAUGGUUUCCGAAAAAGAUUGCUGACCUGGACAAAUGCAACCAUUUAAUAACAAAAUACGACCCUGAUCUGGACCAAGAUCACCCUGGUUUCAGCGAUCUGGACUACAGAAAACGAAGAGGAUUCAUUUCUGAACUUGCUUUCAAGUACAAGCAUGGUGACCCUCUACCUGUAGUGGAAUACACUCCUGAAGAGGUUGCAACAUGGAGGGAAGUCUACAGAAACCUGACCAGUCUAUACCCGAGUCACGCGUGCAGGCAGUUUCUUGAUGCUCUGGGACAGCUGGAGAGUGAAUAUGUGUAUGGGGAGGACAAAAUUCCUCAGCUCAGAGACGUGUCUGCAUUUCUUAAAGAGAGGACCGGAUUUCAAGUGCGACCAGUGGCAGGUCUGCUCUCCGCCCGAGACUUCCUUGCCAGCUUAGCCUUCAGGGUGUUCCAGUGUACCCAGUACAUCCGUCACCCCUCAGCUCCCAUGCACUCCCCUGAACCUGACUGCUGCCAUGAAUUACUUGGACAUAUCCCGAUGCUCGCAGACAAAGAAUUUGCUCAGUUCUCACAGGAAAUUGGACUUGCUUCACUUGGAGCAUCUGAUGAGGAUAUUGAGAAGCUGUCCACGCUUUACUGGUUUACGGUGGAGUUUGGUCUUUGUAAACAAAAUGGAGCAGUAAAGGCCUAUGGAGCUGGCCUUCUGUCCUCCUAUGGAGAACUUCUGUAUGCCCUUUCUAAUGAGCCCCAAUACAAACCGUUCGACCCAGCCGAGGCAGCAAUCCAGCCGUAUCAGGACCAGUCAUAUCAGCCUGUGUACUUUGUGUCUGAGACCUUCGAGGAUGCCAAAAGCAAGCUGAGGCAAUAUUCAUCCACAAUACAGAAGCCAUUCUCUAUUAAAUAUGAUCCCUACACUUGCAGCAUGGAGAUUUUGGAUGAGCCCUCUAAGAUCCAUAAUGCUUUGGGGCAGCUGAGGGAAGACCUGAAAAUCUUGCAUGAGGCAGUGGAGAGACUUGCACAGAAAUAAGCCAGUGUGUGUGAUCUAGCAUCAAUAUCAGCUAAUGUCUAGAUAGACAAAAUGUAAGUCUUGCAUAUGUCAACAUGAAUACAGGCCUAAUUAUUUAUUUUGAAUUUGUUAUAGUAAAUGUUUUUUUUUUAGCGAAUUAUUGAUUAUCAUUUCAACCCUGGUUUUACUACGAAAUGCAUGGUUAAACUAUGGUUAUGGUACUAUAUUGACUGUAUAACAUGGAUACUAUAGUUAGAGUAUGGUUUAACUAUAGUAAUCAGUUAUAGUAUUUGGUUUGUUUGUUUUAUUUGUAGUAAAACUAUUUGUAGCUCAGGACAGUAGAGCAGGACAGUAGCAGCACAAAGGUCAUGGAUUUGACCUGGCAACACACAGACAGAUAAAAAGUAUAUUUUGAAUGCACUAUAAGUCACUUUGGAUAAAUGCAUCUGCCAAAUGCAUUAAAAUAUAGUUUAACCAUGGUUAAUUUUAAUAAGGGGUGUCAAGUCAUGAACCGUUCACUUUACAAAAAGAAUAAAUAUCUUUAUUUUGA